AUGUUGCAGUUCAUCCACAAACAGAUUCAUGAUCACCUAGUGGAGCGCAGGGAUCACCGCACCCGGCUUGUGACCAAGGAUGGCCGCUGCCACAUUGAAUUUGGCAAUGUUGAGUACCAUAGCCAUUGUGCUUACCUGAUGGAUUUUUGGACCACUUUUGUUGAGUUUAGGUGGCGCUUUGUUAUACUUUCCUUUGUCGCUGCUUUCGCUGGAAGCUGGUUCGUCUUUGGUCUGCUGUGGUAUUUGAUUGCAAAGAGUAAUGGGGACUUAGAGGGAGAGAAAAAGUCUGAUGGCCAUUUAAAGUGCAUAGACAACAUAAAUGGUCUCAGAACUGCCUUUCUUUACUCUCUAGAGACCCAGACAACCAUUGGAUAUGGGGGGCGAGCCCUGACCGGGAACUGUGCGGGGACGGUAGCCCUUCUCGUUGUCCAGUCCCUUGUGGGUGCCAUCAUAAACUGCUUUAUGUGUGGCCUGAUUUUGGCCAAAAUUUCCCUCCCAAAAAAGAGGGCAAAAACAGUCACCUUCAGCAGCAUGGCAGUGAUCUGUCUGAGGAGAGGCAGCCUCUGUCUUCAAAUCCGCGUUGCCAACCUGCGCAAGACACUGCUUAUUGGAAGCCAGAUUUAUGGGAAACUCCUGAGGACCACAGUCACGCCAGAAGGAGAGCCCAUCAUCCUGGACCAGGUGAACAUUGACUUCCUGGUGGAUGCCGGCAAGGACCACCUCUUCUUUGUGUGCCCACUCACGCUGUACCAUGUUAUCGAUGGUUCGAGCCCGUUUGCCGAGAUGGCGGCCGACACGUUAAUGCAACAGGAGUUUGAGCUGGUGGUCUUCUUGGAUGGCGUGGCUGAGUCCACAAGCUCCUCCUGCCAAGUGCGCACCUCCUUCCUUCCCUGCGAGAUCCAGUGGGGCUACACAUUUGUUCCCAUUAUCUCCCGCAACAGGGAAGGCAAGUAUCGCGUUGACUUCUCCAACUUUUCCAGAACAGUGCCAGUGGUCACGCCACACUGUGCUUGCUGCUUCUUGAAUGAGCUGAACAGCGAACUUGUACUGCACCAGCACAGAUCGCAAGGCAUUGACAACCCCAGCUUUGAUGUGAUUGCCAUUGAAGAGGCGAUGGAUAAUACUCAGAUGUGA